AUGACAACGAUAGACGAACAAGAAACCACCAUAAGCGGCGACGAUGAUCAUGUUUCCCUGGUAAAAGCGAAGCGUCAUGUUUUUUUUUUUUUUUUUUUUUUUUUUUUUUUUUUUUGUGCAGAGUUGGAGCAAAUGAAAGAAAGGUUUGCUAAGCUUAUUUUACGAGAAGAUAUGUCCGGUGGUGGCAAAGGGGUUUCAUCUGCUUUGGCGUUAUCAAACGCCAUUACAAAUCUUGCCGCUUCUGCAUUUGGCGAGCAACACAAGCUCGCUCCAAUGCCGGAAGAUAGGAAAAGAAGAUGGAGAAGGGAAGUCGGCUGGCUUUUAUCGGUAACCAAUUACAUCGUUGAAUUCGUCCCCUCUCAACAAACAUCGAAAGACGGAUCAAAUAUGGAGGUUAUGAUGACAAAACAAAGAGGCGAUCUGAGGAUGAACAUCCCGGCUCUCAAAAAGCUAGACGCGAUGCUCAUUGGUUGUCUCGACAAUUUCAAAAACCAGAACCAAUUCUGGUACGUGUCGAAAGAUGCAGAUGAGUCCGAAAAGGGAGUUCAAAGAAGCGAUAAAUGGUGGCUACCGACGGUCAAAGUUCCACCGGAAGGACUCUCCGAAGAAUCGAGAAAAUGGAUGCAGUAUCAAAAAGAUUGUGUUAAUCAAGUUUUGAAAGCUUCUAUGGCCAUAAAUGCAGAAAUAUUAGCAGAAAUGGAGAUCCCUGAUGAUUAUAUUGAUAAUCUCCCUAAGAAUGGAAGAGAAAGCCUUGGAGAUCAAAUCUACAAAAGUAUUACGGUUGACUCGUUCGAUCCAGGACAGUUUCUAUCAACGAUGGAUCUAUCAAACGAGAUAAACGUUCUUGAUCUCAAGAACAAGAUAGAAGCUUCGAUAGUUAUAUGGAAACGAAAGAUGAAUCAAAAGGACUCGAAAUCUUCAUGGAGCUCAUCGAUAACGGUAAGCAUGGAGAAACGAGAGCUUUUUGAAGAUAGAGCGGAAACCAUUUUACUCCUCUUAAAACAACGGUUCCCUGGACUUCCUCAAUCGUCGCUAGAAAUCAGCAAGAUCGAGUCUAAUAAGGAUGUCGGUCAUGCUAUAUUGGAAAGCUAUUCGCGGGUAUUGGAGAGUUUAGCUAGCACGGUGAUGAACCGAAUCGAGGAUGUACUUUACGCGGAUAACGUGGCACAAGAUCCAUCAUUGCUAGCCAAAAAGAGGACUUUGUCAUCACGACCAACGUUAAACGAUUCUAAUCGUCAAACUCCUGGUGAAUCGCCUACCGGAUCACCUACAGCGACGACAUUGUCAGAUGUUAUGGGGUGGAGUGUUGAGCAAGAAGCAAGUCCUCAACCCGAGGAAAAAGAACCCGAAAAGUAUCAUAGCAAAUCGGCUAAGAUUUUGGCGAGAACGAAGAAUUCAUAUAUGGAGAAAUUAGAGGCUUAUAAGUUAAGAAGCCCCACAACUCGCCAUUAA